UUCGUUUCAUAUUGUUUUGUAUUCUAUCAUUCUCUAAAUAUCAUUACUAUUUUCUUAUUUUUGAAACAUUUUACAGAGAUAAUCAUCUGUGCUUGACUAGAAAUUACAAUGAUCGACAUCCUGAAUGAAACACAUUUCCAAAGCACGAUAGUUUAAGUUAUAUCAUGUAGAAAAACAAUCGAUAUGUAGUUAUAUCCCAAACACAUGUAAACAGUCGCAAUUAUAUUAGGCAAUCAUAAUUCAUGUACACAAUUCAUGUACACAAGAAAAUUUUCCUAUAAUGUGUAAAUUGAACAUCUAUGCUAUCAAGCGAACGUGUGUGUUUACGUUUUAAGUUUCAUGUUUUUGCUGUACAAAUUGAGUCCGUUUUACUUUUAAAAAUGAUAUUAAUCUGUUCAAAAUUUAAACGUAACGCCAAGCGGAUUUGUACGUUUUUGACGGUGGUGCAUUGUAGCGUGUCUUGUGACGUGCAAACCAGGUUAUACAAAUUUAACUAAACGCGUUACAACCAGAAUUAAAUUAUUCAUUUUUAGCCUCCGCAUAAGGAUUUCCAGUGGUUGCACAAGCUAUAAAAUUAUCUAUGAAUUUUACGGAAAGUUUAGAGAAUGUUUGAAGAUUAAUUUUACGUUUAAUCUUACAAGGCGUUGACGAAAACAUUAUGCCAUAAUUUUAUAUGAGUUAAGGAAAUGGGUCUAUGUGUACUGUCUUGGUUGUUCGUGUUGAAAAAUGAAUCUAAUAAUUUAUACUGUUUGCUUAUUUAUUUUUUCAUUGGCAAGCAUAAAUGGGAACUAUAGAUGUUGUAUCUAAAAUAAACUAGUUUUCCUGUCUUAAACGAUUAGCAUGCAUUUAUAAAGUUAUGGCUUCAUGAUUAAGUUUUUUUGGAAAUAAUAGAUCUAGGAAAAGUUACCGAUCUUUUUUUAUCAGACUUUUUUUUAUUUUUUCGAUAAUAUGUUACACUCUUCAGAUAUCUAGUAUGCACGUUACACUGAAAGAGGUCAUGUUUUUCGAAUCCAUUUUUGAUUGUCAACUUUAGUUACCUUCCGAAACAAUUUUAUGACAAGAAAGCGAAUGAAAUUCAAAGGACUAUAUUUGAUUUUGUCAAAUAUCUGCCCUUUAUCUUAACCAAUUUUUUAAUUAUUAUCGUAUAAAAUCAAAUUGUCAAAAACACAUUCUACAGAGAAUCCCUUCACUUUCAUUUUCAUAUUUGCCAUCACUGUCUAAUAGCUGUCAGUUUAUGUCGUCACUUAAUGAGCUACAUCCUGCAAUUUUGCAAACAAAAGAAAAAAUUCCCUUUUCUUUAUAAUUUGCAUUUGGAUGUAUAGAGCUUAGGUCUGCUUGAAUACGAAUUUUACAUAGCUUUUGUUUAUCAUCUUUAAAAUGGUACUUGAGCAACCAUCCGCUUGAUGUUUUCCAGUCAAAAAACACCAAUAGUUUGCUUCAAAACUUUCUACAUUGUGACGUUACUGUGGUGACAAUCUUUUACACACUCUCGAUAUGAUUUCAACUCUCUCUUGUCUUAUUUUUAAUGCUCUUUAUAAAAUUUUAAUUUUGGGGAUGAGAAAUGCAUAAUAUCGCACAUAGUCCUCUCAGCAUUGUGAAAUGUGGCCAUCACCAUAUAAAACUUAUAACACUUAAUUUUUUCCUCCAUGCUGGCCAUAAAACUUAGUAGUUAUCUUCUUUUGAGAGUCAAAUUGUCUCUUGCAGAACCCUUCCUUACCAAAGCUGAUUCAAACUUAAACUGUUAAAAUUAUUGAUUUGCUAGGUCUCUAAAUUCUAUUGAAGACAGUUUGUCAUUCUGGCAAAGCUAUUUAUACGGAUUUGAUGUAAACAAAAUGAAAGGUGAUAAUAUAUGUAACAAAAUGCAUAAAGAAUUUAAUGGUACUUUUUCCCUACAGAUCUAGAAUUUGUGUUUAAUUAAAGUUGAUCAGUCCAAAACCAGCGCAUCUGUUUGUGCGCCGUAAAUUACAGGGUUUUUUUUACUAUGAGAAAACUCUGUAGUUCCCAAGUCGUCAAUCCAGUUUUUUCCCAGACAGGAAGCUACAGACCCCCAAGUAGAAGUAGAUGUGCCAUCAAAUAAAUGUAAUCAAUAUUUUCAUUCGAUAUUCUUUACAGACUAGGAACCUUGGUUCUGUUUCGUACUUGAAGUAUAACGAUUAAUCGAUGUCUUAUGAGAUCGAGAUAUAUUAUAUAAAGACAUGAAAAGGUCCUUUUAAAAGACCGUUUUAGUGGAUCGUCAGCUUAAUAUCAAACUCUGGGGUCUAAAAGUAUGGAUAUGGACGAUGUAAACGAAAUGUUUUGCGAAAUGUUCAAACUCGCUCAGAUUAUUUUCAAAAAGGGAAAAAUGCCAAAAGAGCACUUUACCAAGAAAUUCAACAUCCACUGCGAAACACCUAAACAGUUUUGGAGUCAGUUACUGGUACUCAUUGGUACUGAGGAGGAUGUGCAAAUUAGAAGAGAUGUCAACGACAUUUACACAUACGCAUUAUGCGACGAUACAAAAACAUGUGAUUAUAUGUCCGGUAGUAAAGGUGAGGGAUUUUUGUUUCCAUGGAGUGACAUUGACAUCAUGCAAUCCCUAGUGGGCCAAACAAUCAGCAUGGAAACAUUUCAUUAUAAAUGUAUGUUUACGGCAAAGAGAACUGGGUGUCAAACAGGAUUCUGUAAACUUCUUAUAAAUAUCAAUAACAAUGAAGGAUGUUUGCAAGAUUUUUAUCUAUCUAGAGUUGAGUAUUUACAAUCACGGCUGCGGAACAAUUUUAACAAAAACUUUGAUUUUACCAGUCGUGGACCCUGUUUGUCAACAAAAUAUCCAGGUGAAUUCGACCGCUGUUAUGCUUUUCCAAUACAUCCAGAUUCAUGUGUUAGCUUUUUGAAAACCUUUCAAAAAAAGUUUUGGAACGAUGUGAAGUCGAGAAUUAUUGUCGAAGAAAUAACCGUCAUGCAUUGUGUUCCCAAAGGUCCAGAAAAAGGAGACGAAGAUGGACAUCAAUGGUUAAUCUCGUUUUCAGUUCUUGAACAAAAAAUUGUUCAUUCAUUGAACCAUGUUCAGUUCUGUUGUUACGGAUUAAUGAAAAUUAUUUUACAUUCAUUUAUUGACAUAUACACUGAAACUCACGACACACUUUCAUCCUACCAUUUAAAAACUGUUCUUUUUCAUGUUCUUGAAGAUGUGCAUCAAGAUUUCUGGAUUCCACAAAACAUUUUUUACUGUAUACGGAUCUGUUUAACUCGACUUGUAUCAUUCCUUAUUAGAGGAUCUUGUCCAAAUUAUUUCAUACCAGAAAAUAACCUCUUAAAAAAGUGUAAAGUACUACAACGUCUUCUUGAAAUGUUUCUUUGUGAAAAUUCAUUAUAUAUUUUCACUGUAUGUAGUUAUAUUCACAGAGAUAAGUUAGUUUUACUAUCCGAAUCUCAUGAGCUUCGCAUUUUUUAUUCAUUAUGUUCAGCACUUAAUGUGGUAAGGGGUUAUCAGACUACGUAUCGGGAAUGCGUGCAUUCAAUUCUAAAGAUCAUUCAUGCUUUACAACUAGAGGAUGACGAGCUGAGGAUAGCUAUUCUUAAGUACAUAGGGUUACUGCUUAUGAGAAGAAUAGGAAUAAUAAUGUAUGAUGAAUUCGCUCUGACAGGGUACAAGUUAUAUUUAUUAUCAGCAGAAGUGGCACUCAUGUUUGCUCAACGCGCCAAUGUUCUUGGUUUGAUCGACUUGGCGACACUGUGGUACCGUCAAAGAAAGUAUAAGCAAUGCAUAAAAUUGCUUGAAAAAACUAAAUUGAUAUACACAUCAUUAUACAUCGACAGAAUUGAAUGUUGUUUAAUUCUGUAUGAAUUUUCUAUAUUGUCGCUGUUAUUGUUUAAACUGUAG